UUGUCUUGCUGUUUUAAAAUUAAAUCAAAAUGCCCAUAAGACCAGAUCUCCAGCAGUUGGAAAAAUGCAUUGAUGAUGCUUUAAGGAAAAAUGAUUUCAAGCCUUUGAAAACACUUUUACAAAUUGAUAUUUGUGAAGAUGUGAAGAUUAAAUGCAGCAAGCAGUUUUUCCACAAGUUGGAUGACCUUGUAUGCAGGGAGCUUAAUAAAAAGGAUAUCCAAGCAGUUUCAACCAUUUUGGUUUCUUUUGGAAGAUGUGGCAAAAAUAUCACUAUAUUGGGGCAAGCUGGACUUAUAAAUAUGAUAAAACAAGGACUGGUCCAAAAGAUGGUUGCCUGGUUUGAAAAAUCAAAGAAGAUUAUUCUCAGUCGAGGAAAUUCAAAAGAUGAGGCAGUUAUAAAUAUGAUAGAAGACUUAUUUGAUCUUCUGAUGGUCAUAUAUGACAUCAAUGAUGAAGGUAAAAGGCAAGUAGUGGAAAGUUUCGUGCCUCGAAUCUGUGUCCUGGUUAUUGACGCAAGAGUGAAUAUUUGUAUUCAGCAGGAGACUCUAAAAAAAAUGAAUGCUAUGCUUGACAAAAUGCCUCAAGAAGCCAGGAAAAUACUCUCUAACCAAGAAAUGUUAAUUCUCAUGUAAUAAUUUGUACUAUAUUUCUUUAAUUAGUGGUUCUGGUCAAGAAUUUAAAGGAUAAUGAGAGAAGAUGGACUCUGAAAAACAAA